UCUACGCAAUGGGCGGUUCAUGAAUGGGUUUUGGAACGGCGUAAGAUCUGGGAGGGGACAUCUGAUAGGCCAGGAACGACGUGUGUGGUGUUGUGUAUGUUCUGGAUCGUCGACACAUGAAUAUAUAUGUUCACUGACAUAGGUGACAGAGGCAGAGAGUAUAAGAGGGGAUAAGAAAGUGACUUCUGCAGGGAGGGAGAGCUGUCGGUUAGCCAUGGGUUUCCGCAAGAAGAACAAGAGCCCACCGGUGCUGAGCCACGAGUUCGUGAUCCAGAAUCACGCGGAUAUGGUUUCGUGUGUGGCUAUGAUCAUUCUCCUUGGACUGAUGUUCGAGGUGACUGCAAAAUAUGCCAUUAUGUUUAUCACAGUACAAUACAAUGUGACUCAAAGUCUUGACGAGAAGAUUGAGCCAGUAAACCUGUACCUGUACGGUCCUAAGGACAUGGCCACUGUGUUCUUCUACCUGCUCAUUGCUGUAAUCCUCCAUGCCUUGAUACAGGAAUACAUACUGGAUAAAAUGAAUCGACGGUUGCACCUGUCAAAAACCAAACACAGCAAGUUCAAUGAAUCUGGACAGCUUGCUGCCUUCUACUUAUUCUCCUUCAUCUGGGGCUGCAGCAUCCUUACAGCGGAGGAAUUUGCAACAAAUCCUACUUUCUUAUGGGAUGGAUACCCACAUACCCACAUGGUCUUUCAGGUAAAGUUCUUCUACAUUUGCCAAAUUGCCUACUGGCUCCACGCACUUCCUGAGCUCUACUUUCAGAAAGUGCGAAAGGAGGACAUUCCCCGCCAGCUAUAUUACAUUUGCCUUUAUGUGGCCCACAUCACUGGUGCCUAUGUCUUAAACCUCCAGAGACUGGGCCUGGUGCUUCUGGUCCCUCACUACCUGGUUGAGCUCCUGUUUCACGCCUCCCGUCUCUUCUACUUCAGCGAUGAGAACAAGCAAAAGGGUUUCACUCUGUGGGCACUUCUUUUUGUCAUUGCCCGUCUCCUCACGCUCACCCUGUCCGUUCUGACAUUUGGAUUCGGGCUGCCCAGGGCAGAGAACCAGGGAUUCUCUCUGGCAGAGGGCAACUUUAAUGUACUUACCAUUAGGAUGACCUGUCUGGCAGCCAUCUGCCUAACUCAGGCUUGGAUGAUGUGGAAGUUCAUCAACUUCCAACUGAAAAAGUGGAGGGAGCACAGUCAGAUCCAAGCCUCCAAGAAGAAGGCCAUCAGCCCAAAGAGCAAGUCCCAGAAGAAGGACCCUUCCCGGAGUGCUGCCAACGGCCUGGUGAAGUUAGAGGAUAAGACGUCUCCCAGGGCGAGAAAGGCCAAGGCCUCAUAGAGAUGUGAAGGUCGAGAGAGGAAGCUUCUGUCGAUGUGACUAUCUUUUCACUAUUUAAGCUAAAGUUCAAACUACUGCCCCAAACUAUCACUUGAGUGCACUAAGAAACCUUAUGUUGACUGUCCCUUUAGGGUUAAAUCUUUAAUGAACGUUUUGUGUGUUUGACCGAAUAUGAUUACUGUUGUGUUCUCUGCAGGAUGGUUGAAAUGAUGAAGAGGUUAAAUGCUUUAACUGGAUAGAUACUUGUUUUGUUUUUUUAAGUGCUUUUUCAGAGAUGAAUUAUCUAUUUGUUGUGUAUUCCAUCAAGAAAGGGCCUUAUUCAUUCAAACCUGUUAACCAGGUUUCGGACAAGUACAAAGACGCUGCUCAUCUUGCUCCUCCAGAUUACAUGGCUGGAUUACUUCUCUUCACAUAAUAGUGUGAAAGGUUUGAGAGGAAACUACUUGCGAGACUGAGCUGGGCCUUUACUUGCUUGGGAAAUCGGAAAACAGAUUGGACUGAGUAUAGGCAGUUGUAUUUUCUCCCUGUGUUUGUUCACUGCCACUAUGUUUCAUGGCCAGUCCCCCUCCAGCCCCCGAGCCUGCUGGGGUCUCUCCUAGUGAGGUGAGGUGCUAUGAUUCUCCCCCUGGCCUCAGAUACUGGGCUGUGUUCACAGGAAUCAGUGAGUUGGGAGUAUCUCUGUCCUGGUAACAGUAAUCUCAGAGGAUAGUCCCUGCCAAACUACUUUGCCUAUAUCUCUCACUAGCUUCAGUGGCCUUUUUGUUUGAUUUUUACAUCUGCUGUAAGAGCUGUGCAUUAUUUAUUUUAGUUAUAUAUACUGCAGUGUAGUUAUUAUUUUGUAUGCUUUGGAAACUUUAUAACCAGCACAGACAGGAUAAAUUAACCCACCAAACGGUACAAUCCUCCUUCAAGUGUCCUUAUAAUGUUUGGCGCAAGCUGUGAGUUCUCCCUCAAGUCUCUUGUGUCUUUCGGUAUUGAGGGCAGACUUCAGAGCUACCCUGUUCUUAUACUGUACAUCCCAACAUUAAAUGGGAUUGUGUGUGUGAGCCUGUGUAUAUGGGUGUGUGUACAGCAAUGUGAUCGUGUGUUAAUGUACAGUAUGUGUGGCAGUGACUGCUCUGCAUGAGUCCGCUUUAACCAUGUUGUUGCUUUUACCUUGAAACUGUUUAAUGGCUAAAAGAACAGUUUCUUGACUCCCUGGGUUAGUUUAUUUUAGAAUCAUUGAAUGUGUUUUGGUUCAUUUUCACUGUGUUCCCAAAACGGCUUUCAUAAUGAAAGCAAUACGUUUCAAGUGUAUUUGAUGGAUUGUUGGUUUCUGUACUCUACUGUGUUUUCAGCCCUCACUCCCACAGCCUGAGUGAGAGAGAUGCUGGGACUUCUGCUUGCCAAUUGUGGGGUGAACAGACUUUUUGCUCCCCUUUCCAGUGAUUCUGACAUUGCCAUUGGACCUUGUUCUCAUGUCAUACUGUAGACUCAAUGCUGUUUCCAUCAAUGGGGGCCAAGUUAAAAAAUUCUGCUUUGUGAAACCACUGUGCAUGUAUGGCCCUUGGUUGGCAAAGCAUGCCUGCUGUCUGUGGAGGGACUGGGGUUCUGGUUUGGUAGUUUGGCAGGCGUGUGUGUGCGAGCGGCGCGUGUGUGUGUGUGUGUGGGGGGGGCAGCGUCAGUGGAGGAAAGAGGGAGCAUCACUUUUAUACCAGCAUGUUACUUUACUGUCUCUAAUGUCAAAGAAAAAAAAACAUUUAUAAGACUAGUGAUACACUAGUAUUAAGAGGGUGUGUCAGAUUUUUAAGCUAUUUUUAUAGAGUUUGAAAAAUCCUGUCAAAAUGUACUUAUUUACUUCAUUUAUGUAUGGACAUUGUUUUGCAUCUGUAUUGGUAUGAGUUGUUUUUAACUAUUGUAUAAUGCAGCUUGCUGACUUGUAAGUGUGGGGUGUGAAUAUUAAUCAAAAGUAAUCAAAUGAGCACUCUUAAGGUAUAACUUAUUUUAAUCCAGGUUUUUCAGUAGGAAACUCAUAAUGAAACAGCAAUCCUGGCAUAUAGUUCAACAAUUUAGUUUCAUUUGUGCCCACAGCAGUUCCAUUCUGCUCUUGAAGUUGAUAGGGAAGCAUCUUUACGUGCUCUUUUGUCAGCUCAGGAACAGCUGUUUAAGAAGCACCCAGAUGAGGUGUUUACCACUCUCAUUGCCUUUUAAACAUGAAAAGUGGACAGGGAAAAGGGUAGAAUGUGAUUACCUUUUUAUUGAUUCAGAAAACUGAUGUCUACACUGAAUUUCUAUUAUAAUUAUGGUCUUUGUGAUCAAAAUAACACAUCAGCCAAACCUCGCAAACAUGCAACAGCAUUAAACAAACAUCACAGUGCAGCAUGAAACAAACAUCACAGUGCAGCACCAAGUGGCCUGAGCAGUGUAAUGGCUUUUGGUCUUUAGCGAGAAAUGUGGACAACUAUUCAACCGUUAACAGGUACAUAAAACAUGUCUGUUUAUUUCACAUAUGCACUGUCCAUAUUUAGUAUGUUACUUUGCUGCUUGCUUAGAUGUUGCAGUGUAUUUCUUUUAAAAUGUGUUGAAAUGCUCUGAUGUAUUUAUGGAAACCUUACAUUUUUAUUUUUGUUGCAAUUUUCAUGUUUCAAUAAAGCAUUUGUUGAUUAUCCUGA